GCACUUACCAAUACAACUGAACAAACAGUACUGAGAGCUCAGCUUAAGCUUUUAUGCUUAGCAAAAUCAAUGUGAUUCUCUGCUGUAACAUACAACAUGUAGCUUUACUUUUUUUUUAGAGAUCCAUAAAUAAAUUUACCAGAGCAAAAAAGAAGCUUUCAUCGUUUGUUCUGAUCUCUGUCCACUUUAGGAAUUUUAAGAGCCAUGAGAAAUUCCCUUUUAUUUUUCACUUUAAUAGCUCUUUUUAUUGCUUAUUUUCAAUUUCAGGUACAUGCUGCUGCCCCUGCUGGGCCGUUGAUAAAGCACUUGAAUUCUCUACUCAAAUGGUCUAGGUCUACCUCUAAAACUCCCCAAUCAGAUGGGAAUGUUCUUCAAUUUGAAGAUGGCUACUUAGUUGAAACUGUUGUUGAAGGAAAUGAACUUGGUGUUGUUCCAUAUAAGAUCCGUGUCUCACCUGAUGGUGAACUCUUUGCUGUUGAUGCUCUUAAUAGCAAAAUUGUUCGAAUUACUCCCCCGUUAUCUCAGUAUAGUAGAGCAAGAUUAGUUGCUGGUUCGUUUCAAGGUCACACUGGCCACGUGGACGGGAAGCCAAGUGAUGCUCGUUUUAAAGAUCCAAAAGGAGUUACCAUGGAUGACAAAGGAAAUAUUUAUGUUGCUGAUACUGCUAAUUUGGCUAUUAGGAAGAUUGGAGAAGCAGGUGUGACAACAAUUGCUGGAGGAAAGUCUAAUGUUCCAGGAUACAGGGAUGGGCCAAGUGAGGAUGCACAAUUCUCAAGCGAUUUUGAUGUUAUAUAUGUUCGGCCAACUUGUUCAUUACUUGUUGUUGAUCGAGGAAAUGCUGCUCUUAGGCAAAUUUCUCUCAGCCAGGAGGAUUGUGACUACCAGUACAGCUCAGUGUCAACCAUAGAUAUUGUCAUGGUUAUUGGUGCUAUUUUAAUUGGGUAUGCUGCGUGUAUGCUCCAGCAGGGAUUUGGCUCCAAGAUGCAAGUUCAGGCGGAAGUGGAUCAACAGGAACCUUCUUUAAUCAAAGAGAAGCCCACUCCUGUUGUUGAAAUUGUUAAAGAAGAACAGGAAGCAGGAUGGCCAUCAUUUGGGCAGCUUGUGUGGGAUUUGUCCAAGCUUGCAGUAGAGGCUGUGGGUUUCCUUUUUGGCCAUAUCGUUCCACUGCGCGUUAGACACAAGUGCUUUAAUAAACCUGGACUAACUCCACUGAAAGAUUCACUCAUCAUGCCUGAAGAUGAAGUUGAGCCCCCAUUAGUCCAAAAGCAGAGGGCACCAGCGCCUGCUUCCGAGAGCAGACAGAUCCCAGCUGCCGGCGAUAAAUUUCCCGAGGGAAAGCCCACCAAGCUUAGGUCUAGUAGUUUUAAAGACCCUACCUUGUCAACCAAGCACAGGUCUUCCAGACGACAUGAGUAUGCAGAAUACUACGGGACCUCAGGUGAAGUUCCUCCAUACGGGCACAUGAGGUCUAAAAGCCAGAAAGAAAGAACCAAACAUCGGCGACAAGACAAAGUUUUAGAGGCAGGAGUCGAGGCAAAACCUGCUGAAAUGAAACCAGUAAACUAUGAGGAUCCAAAGUAUGCUCAUUACAACAUGAGGAGCAAGUAUGGAGACUCAUUCCCGCGUUAUUCAUGAAUAGUCACUAAGGAUUUAGUUUUAUAAGCCAGGGACGUGCUUUUAAAGAUGUACCUUUUUUGUCAUGUAAGUUGUAACUCUAAUAUUAAAGGAAGCAAGUCAUCUGUGUUGUAGUACAAAGCGGGCCUUCACUUUUCAUGUGUAAAAUGCUAAGGAUGCAUCGGUCGUAGUCACAGAUUUUCUGUUACUCUUAUGGAGAGAGAAGAGAAAGGAAAAAUCUUAAAUUAGUGGUGUACGUAUUGCCGGUGAGUGAAAGUAAUAGGAAAAGGAUGAGACGUUCAUGUGAUUUCUGAUGUUGAAAAAUGGCAGCCGUGAUUUAUUUGA